UACAUGUAUCAAUUUCUAUAGUUUUCAAUUUCAUUUCAAAUUUUCACACAUGCACGCAUUGUAUACAUAUCAAUAAAUAAGACGUAUCGUUGUGCAUUAUCUACAUCACAUAUAUCAAUAAGUAGUUCCAUUUUUUUGUCUUAUCAAUGGAAAGGACCUCAUUUUUCCAUGAACCAAAGAAGCAGCAAAGAUAUGUGACGGUCCUCAGCAUCGACGGCGGCGGCAUCAAAGGUAUCCUCCCCGCCGUUAUCCUGGAGUGCCUGGAGUCGCAGCUGCAGGCAUUAGACGGCGAGGAAGCAAGAAUAGCAGACUACUUCGACGUGAUAGCCGGGACGAGCACAGGCGGCCUCGUCACGGCCAUGCUCACAGCUCCGGACAAAAACAAUCGCCCUCUUUACGCUGCCAAAGACAUCAAGCCUUUCUACUUGAAUAACUGCCCCAAGAUAUUUCCUCAACCACACUGUCAGUCGUUAUUUCCGUUUGUGAAGUGGGUGAAAUCGUUGAAGGGGCCAUUGUAUGAUGGGGGGCACCUUCAUAAGGUAUUGACGGAAACGUUGAAAGACACAAAGUUGAGCGAUGCAAUCACAAAUGUCAUUAUUCCGGCCUUCGACAUCAAGCUUCUGCAGCCGGUUAUUUUCUCCACCUAUGAGGCCAGAAAAUCGGCACUAGCAAAUGCUAAACUUUCAGACAUCUGCAUAAGCACAUCAGCAGCUCCUACUUUUCUCCCCGGCCACAAAUUCGCCACACACGACGGCAAAGGCAGUGUUAGAAAAUAUAAUCUCAUUGAUGGCGGCGUCGCUGCAAAUAAUCCGGCUCUGAUCGCCGUAGCAGAAGUGACGAAGCAAAUGUUCGACAGCAACGUGAAUUUCUUUCACACGAGGCCGUCGGAUUAUCCUCGUCUUCUCACCAUAUCUUUAGGCACGGGAGCUGCGAGCAUGGAAGACAAGAGAUACAGCGUAAAUAAAGCAAACAAAUGGGGCAUUCUUGACUGGUUAUCAUACAAAGGCACUACGCCAUUAUUCGAGAUAUUCACUCAAGCAGGUGCAGAUAUGGUCGACUUUCACAUUUCUCAGAUUUUUCAAGCUCUUGGCUCCCAAGAUAAUUACCUAAGGAUCCAGAACGAUACUCUAGAUGGGGUCGAGAAUUCAGUGGAUGUUGCAACAAAAGAGAACUUGCAUAAACUUGUCACAAUUGCUGAAGAAAUGCUGGCUAAACCGGUUUCCCGGGUCGACUUGAGAUCCGGUUUAACUGUGCCGAUCCCAGAUGGUGGAACCAAUCAGGAAGCUCUUAAAAGGUUUGCGUAUUUAUUGUCGAAUGAACGAAAAGUUCGGGUGUGGAAGAAUAACGUUGAAAAGAAGAGAGCAAUUCCAUUUGGUGGGUGUGAGGCACUCCAACAUUCAUGGAACACUUUGGUUGAUUUUGCACGUGCAGUGUCGGAUGAAACCAAAGUUGUAUUUUCGAAGCAUGCUCAAAUUCUGAGACCACGCUCCCAAUUUAGGAUCAACCCAAAGCCCAUCGAAAAGUGGAAUGGAGGAUUUAGUUCGGUCCAAAAGAAGCUUAUAAUGAAAUCAACAUUUGCACCCUCUCCUAUUUUCACUCCUCAUUUCAAACUAUUCUGCAACUCAUCCUUAUCUUCAUGGUGAUUCCUGAAAAUGUUUUUAUUCUUUUAUUUGAUUUUGUAUUCGAAGAAAAUUGCAUUGUAUUUGUUAUUAGAAGCGCUUGCGUAUUGAAGAUACAAUUAAUUAAUUAAAGACUAUCAUUGAGAUGACCUUCAAACUAGUAAUAUAUUCAUUCAAGAAUUAGAGGAA